AUAAGAUGGCGGCGCCCAUUAAAAAUGUUAUGGCGGCAUUUUUCAACUGUAGAAUGUUUUUGUUGGCAUUUGGCAUGCUUAUAAGCUCUGUUAUCGACUCAGAAUCGGCACGCUUAAGUGACCCAAAAAUACUUCUUCCAUAUCACACUUCUGUGGUUACGAACUUUUCGCUUAAAAUCAAUUUAACAAAAGAUGAAUCCAGAAGCCCAAAUUGUUACACAUGGAAAAGUAGCCGUCUUGAUGUGGCCACAGUGCAGCUCAUUAACAGCACAGACAAUGAAUGUGCUUUAUCAGCCGAAAUAUCAGCUGUGUCGAAAUCUUCACUGAAAAAGACUUCUAUUGUUAUGGUUGAAAAUAAAGUGACUGGUGAAGUUCUCAAAUGUAUUGUGAUCGUGGAUACCCUGUCCAGGAUCGAGAUUGAGACGACAACAAGACUUCUGUAUAUGGAGGACUCGCCUGAGGAAAUGCUUGUGCGUGGAUAUGAUGCAGAUGGGAAUGUGUUCUCAAGUCUCCAGGGACUGGAGUUUGACUGGAGCCUCCAUUCGGACACCUCUGGUCGCCAUGACGACAUUGUGGACGCUAAUGCCAUUCUAAGAAUCCUGCGGUUCAGUGAGUCUCACUACUCCCCCCCGGCACACAUAGAACGUCUGGAGGAGCACGGUCGGCAAGGAGACAGGAUCCUUGUGGAGGGAAUCAAGACCGGCAGUGCCUUUGUGUGGGCCAAAAUACGAGAUCGAAGCUACUCUAGUGUAAAGCACAGCAUUGUACGGAUCAUGGUGAUUGCCAACCUGAUGGUGAGCCCUCCAGAGGCCUAUGUCCUCAAGCAUGCCACUGUUAAGUACAAGGUCGAGCAGAUCAAACAGGACUCAGUCAUCACCAUUCAGAUGCCUUCCAGUCAGUUUUACCUGGAAGUAGUGGACCGGUCAGUAAGCUCACUGGACCCUGCCACAUCCAUAGCCACAGCUCUGGAGCUGGGUGACACAGAGGUCAAGCUCAUUGACAAAAACAUAAAGAUCUCGGACCAGCUGGUGCAGCCAUCUGCGGUGCUGCAUGUGGUCAACCCCAGCUUCAUGGACGUACAUUUGUCUGGUUUCACUGUGCUGCCAGACAGAAAGUGGGUGUUGGAGACAGGGCGUGUCUACACCAUCUUGAUUGAUGUGUAUGAUGAGCACAGUCACAAACUGUAUCCUUCAGAUAAUCUCUUGAUCCAAGCCAUGUUUCCCAAGGAAUUCUUUGAUGUGAAGCUGGGUACCACUAACGGCACAUACCACAUUGUGAAGACUCUCCAAAAGGGAACCACAACAAUAGAUGGCUCCUUAAAUAGCGUCAUAAAAGCGGACGGCUAUGAGCACACAGUGGCUCCACCCAUCAGACAGUCCCAGUUUGUGGAGAUAUUUGACCCUAUCCUUAUCCAGCCAAGCCUUCUAGUCUUCCCCUGGGACCCCGUUACGCAGACAACACACAGAUACCAGCUCAGGGCUCAAGGGGGAAGUGGUGAUUACCUUUGGAGUACAAGUAAUGCAUCGGUCGUCACAGUGAACAAAUAUGGUGAGGUGACAACCUACGCCCUAGGUCACACAGAGGUUGUGGCGUCUGACCUGAGGAACCAGCUUCACCAGGGAGUCAGCAAGGUUCACAUUCUGCCCCCUUUUGACAUGGAGUUCAAGCCCCAGCGUGUGGAGGUAGUGGUGGGUGGGGCACUGGACCUGCCUCUGGACAUCAGGACCCUGAUGGAGGGCAGACGGCACUCCUUCAACGACUGCAGAAACUUGCCAAUCAAUGUCACUUUUUCUGAUACAUCGGUCUUCGAAUAUGUCGAUGGGUAUUCCAUACUUGAGGAGGGUAGCUGCAGGAUAAUUAAGGUCAAGGCUGUUCAGCAAGGUCAUACAGAGGUCAAGGUCAGUUAUGACCAUGGCAAGGUCAAGCUUCAGUCCAGCAUCACCAUAGCAGCAUAUGACCCACUAGAGCCUGUUGACCCCGACAAGGAAGCAGUGGUGGCCCUGGGCUCGUCUAAAGAAGUUGUUUUCUCAGGGGGACCACAACCCUGGGUGCUGGACUCAUCCAAGUACUUCCAGAUCACCCACAAUGGUGGUCAGAAAGUGACUGCUGGAGAGGCCAAAAAUGUAUGGCUCCAUCCCGUGAAAACAUUUGGCUCUCUAAAAAGACUUCAUUCCUUCUUGGUAACAUGCAGGAACUUUGGGGAACAGACAUUGACUCUUCGUGUGGGCAAUGAGGCCACAGCCAGAAACAAGAACCCUGCGGUAGAAGAGGCGUAUGUGAGCUUUGUCUGUGGGGAGCCCGUGGAGAUCCACUUGCAGCCCCAGAUCUCCUUCCCCCAGGACUUGCCACCCUGCCCGGUGUCCAGGGAACCAAACCAGCAGAUUCCAAUUCACUGUAAAAAAGAUCUGGACAUUCUGGUAGUCGUGACAGACAAACAUGGUCGUAGAUUCGACAACAUAUCAUCGCUGGAAUUUGAAUGGACACUGUCCGACGAGACAAUUGCCUCUCUGCCAUAUGACCUUGAAAGUGAUGUCAAAGUGACUCCUAGUGGCAGAAAACAGAGCUUUGCCUUGCUGCUGUUGCGUCCAGGAGGAAUGCCAGGCAGUGUUGUCCUCACUGCAAGAGUCAGUCAGUACAGACAGGACCACUUGGACAAGGCACAGGCAACUGCUAAGGCCCAGCUGUCGCCCACAAUCUCCAAGUCCCUGGAGCUAAGGCUGGUGGAGGAAGCAGUGGUCUCUCCUGAGUCAGUCUCCGUGUUCAACCACCCUUCCAACAGGGUUACCCUGGAGAUUGCCCGGGGCUCGGGAUACUUCCACAUGGUGGAGGGCAAGGCGGGGGUGGUGGGCGCCAAGUACCAGGAGAAAACCAAGCAGAUACAGGUGGCUCCACUGACUGACGGUCAGUCUGUGCUCUCAGUGUACGAUGUGUGUGUGGCCAGCAGUAAACCAGCCCAGGUGUCAGUCACAGUGUCUGGAGUGGGCAGCAUUGAGCUCUCGUUGAUGGACAAGGUGGAGAUAGGAAGGGAUAUCCAAGCUCGAGUGCAGGUACUUGACGUGACGGGUCACAAACUGUUCGCCAGCUUCUUCCCCCUGAUGGGCCUCACUCUACAUGCAGCAUCAGAUAUCAUUACUGUCAAGCCAGAUACAGUCAGUCUGGUGAAUGAAUACACAUCAGUGUACACUGUCCAUGGGUCAGUGGUGGGCCACACGUCAGUCAAGGUCACAGCCAGUCUCCCUGACAACCACACUGUUACCAGCGCAACCAGGCCUGUGGAGGUGUUCCCACCCCUAGAGCUCAUACCAAGGAACAUAACUCUGAUAAUUGGAGCCUUAUUUCAGGUAUUGAGUCGAGGUGGGCCCAGGCCCCAGUCUACAGUAGUGUUCACCAUCAAGGACAGCCAUGUUUCCACGGUGACCAGUAGUGGUCUCCUUGAUGCCCGGUCAUUAGGGGCUACCAAGGUCAUAGGUCAGGCGUUGGGGAAGGACCCAGAGACAGGAGAGACGGUUGUGUACUCUCAGGAUGAGGCAAUUGUGAAUGUUGUUCGACUAACCGGCAUCCGGAUUCACGCACCUCUUACCCGCCUCCAGUCAGAUACCAUGAUGCCACUGUAUGCUGUGGGUUUGACAGAACAUGAGACACCAUUCAUGUUUGGGAACUCCAUACCUCCGCUAUCGUUCCAUUGGUCUGUGGACAAGAAGGAUGUAGCUCUUCUUCGUAACGUCUUCCACCUGAGCAAUCUUAGCCCUCACACAGAAGGCAACUUUGCCUCCCAGCUGGUUGCCAGGGAGACUGGGCAAGUGCUUGUGAGGUUAGAGGUCACACCUGUGAGAGGUCAAGACCAGGUGUUUGGCGAUGUGGUGCACACAGAUGAACUUCAGAUACAGGUAUUUGAAGAGCUAGUGAUGUUGCAACCACGCACAUGUGAUGGUCAGUUGCUCAUGACUCCCAAUACCGAAGCUGUCUUGAAAACUAACAGAGACGGAGGUGCCAAGAUGUCCUACACUGUGCUGGGGGGAUUGCCAGGGGGUGUAGUGAGGGUCAAGGACGGACUGCUGAUCUCAGGCUCCACCCCAGGCCAGGCAGCUCUUCAGGUUGUUGCUACGGAGGACUCUGGGGUUGUGCAGACACUGGUCAUUGUGGUAAAGGUCAAGCCUGUUUCAUACCUGAUGAUCAAUUCUGAAACUAAAAUGAGAACAACAUCUGGUCAGUUGACUGCCAUUCCAAGGGGCACCACUCUGUAUUUCACUGUCACAUAUCAUGAUGACAUGGGUGCCACAUUCUAUGCUACAAACAUCAACAUGAAGUUUCGCUGUAGCCGAUAUGACCUGGUGCAAGCAAGUCACGGUCUGGAUAAUAACACCAUCAUUGUCAAAACAGCAUCAGAUGGGGACACAAUUCUAAAGGUUUGGGAUAGAAGCAAGCCAUCAUUGGUAGACUAUAUCAACAUUCCUGUUGCCAACGUGAUACAGCCUGCUUUUACCAUAGUAACCAUGGGCAGUGUUAUCUGCUUCACAACACCAUUGACAACAGAGAGUGGUGGCCCAGGUAGCUGGCGUGGCCUGGGCAGCCUGACAGUGGACAGUACAUCAGGCAUUGCCAGUGCUAACUAUGUGGGUGGGGGAAGUCUAACCUUCGCCAUAUCAGAGGAGACCAUGACCUCCACAGAGAUUCAAGUAGCACCUGUCCACAGUGUGAGCCUGGAAAGUAAUGCAGAGUUUGUCACCACGGUAACAAACACUCCCUUAACAGUGUUUGUGAACCUCGGAAACUCAACAAGUGUUCAGGGAUCUGAGUGUUUAUCCCAGAUUGCAGAGAAGAAAUAUCAGCCACAGAGAAUCCCAUUCUCUUGUGAGUUGUCUCUCACCCCUACCCAGCAGCAUCUAGAUGUGGCUGACUUGUUCUCAGUUCAGCCUGUCUUCCUUUCUAAAUUUGGAAGGUAUGCAUGCAAGAUAUCACCAGUCACAACAGUGCAAAAUCAACAGCUAUCUACAGUGGAUGUGAGUCUUGCUGUCUCAGCAACCGUUACCAUGGUGAAAGGUCAAGCGGAGGUGACAGCCUCUCCCCUGACCAUCACAUUCUUGCCCCCAUUCCAUGUGCUUAAUGCAGAGAUUCAUGUCUCCACGGUUACUCCGAUAGCGAGUAUCAGAGUCUCCUGCACUGCCAAACUGGGGGGACAGCUCCAGGUGAUUGUGAGUGACCCGUCCAUCUUGGAAGCUCUUCCUCCAGAGAGUGAUUCCCAAUCCAAUGGCAUCAUCCUCUAUCCAAUAAAAUUGCUUGAUACAGUUGCAUUGUGGGAAAGGGAGCAGCUAGAUGUUUGGGUUGAUCUGAUUGGUCAGAAGACUGGGCAGAAAGUCAAGAUUCCAAUUUUCAUUCGCCUGAUUGGUCAGAAACCGGAUGGUGCUAUUCAGGGCUGGCACUCCUUGUUCAGCAGCAUCCUUAACAACUACCAGUAUUGGUUCAUGCUGCUGCUCAUCAUCAUUGUCACCGCUCUCACCGUGCUCUUUGGCUACCAUGCAGUGUAUGGGCCCCGCCACACGGCUGCACUCAAUACCAGUGGUCAGAAAAGCCCUUCACCGGCAGGACCAGGUGGAUCCCCUCCUCCAUACUACCCAUACUACAGUAGCCCAGGCAGCGUCUCUCCAGGCUCCACCCCCAAGGCCGCCACAGUGCUUUGGUCAGCCUACACGCCCCUUCCCGGCACCUCUCCAAACCGACGGCGCUCUCCAAUGACUCGCUACAGCCCCUCCUGAUCAUGUCAACCAGCAUCAGACCAUAUUGUUGCAUCUGCCUCAAACAUAACAGCUCAACAUUGCAUUGCUAAUGAAAUAUUUCAAUAUCAUCAGCUCACCAAAUUAUUUCUGAUGGAAUGUAACAAAUUGAAAUAAUUGCUUUAAAAUUGGAAUGAACCUUUUCAGUUAUUAUGGCAUAAGAAACAGUAUAAGUUUAAACUAUUUUUUUAAUAUGCUGUCAACCAAUAGUUGAAGUAGAGAUCUGUUACCAACUGAGUUACAAUAGUACAAUUAACAGAUCACUACAUUUUUUGUUACCAAAUAAUCUCAGUUUGAACAAACGUUUUUAUACAUUCUACAGUCAAAUUCUAUUCCAUCUCCAUCAAAACAGUAGUAGUGCUGUGGCUUAUCCAACUGACAAUAGAAUGGCAUUUAUAUUCUCAAGUUGAUAUCUGCAGAACACUGACCUAAAAACUUUGCACAUUGGUAUGAUGGUUACUUGAAAAUAAAGGUAGAAAUUUAUUGAUAUGUCAGUCAUGUCAAAGGUCAAGGUCAGUGUAAAAGUGAAUUUGUUCCCUCAAGGUCUUGCAAAUGCUUUGACUAAUGAUCAUGCAAAGUGGUAAAUUGAUUGACUUUUGAUUUUUAUGUAAAUAGGUCGAUGGUCAAGGUGAAAAGGGUUUUUACAAAGAAAUUUGUUUUGGCGCUUAAUUUGGAGAACACUUAGCUAAGAUCAUAAAACUUGGUAUAAUGAUUUCAUGUAAGGACAUGAAGGUGCAUUCUGAUUUUGAGGUCACAAGGUCAAAUGAGCUUGUAUCGAGAAUGGUUUCUGCAGAAUAUCUUUAGAAUGACUUGACAUAUGAUAAUCUAAUAUGUGUGCUGGUUAUGUGUAAGGAAAUAAUUGAGCUUUGUCUGUGAAAAGGGGGUUUAAUGCAAGCAUAAAGCAUCGUCCCAGAUUAGCCUGUGCAGUCUGCACAGGCUAAUCAGGGUUGACACUUUCGACAUAAACUUAAUUUUUGCAAAAAAGGACUUCUUUUAAACAGAGAAUACCAUAACAGCGGAGAGUGUCCUCCCUGAUUAGCCUGUGCAGCACAGACUGCACAGGCUUAUCUGGUAAGACACUUUAUGCACAUGCAUUAAACCCCCUUUUCUAAGAGCAUGGUUCACUUAUGUCUACUGAUUUUGAGAUAAACAGGUCAAAGUGUCAUAUCACAAGGGCUUGACAGGGAAUGUGUGUCUGCACAAAAUUAUUAGAACGCUUUCACCUAUGAUCAUGAAAAUUAGUAUGUAGGUUACUUAAAUGGAAAGGAAGACUUAUAUCAUCAGGUCAAAGGGGCUUGUAUCAUGGAACAAUAUCUAGAGAAUGCUUAGGCAUAUGAUCAUAUAAAUUGCUUUGCUGGUCAUUUAGAUGAAAGGCAGAUUCCUUUUAAUAUAGAGAUCAAAAGGCUAAAGAUGAAGGCCACAUUUGCUCGUAACAUAUAAAAGUUUCCUCCACACAAAAUGUGCAGAAUUAUUACUAUCAUAGAAGUUUGUUUAAUGGUUAGUCUUGAUGAAGGAUGACCUUAAUGGUUUUUCAACAAAUCAACACACUAACUGUCAAUGUCACAAGGAUACAACACACUAACUGUCAAUGUCACAAGGAUACAACACACUAACUGUCAAUGUCACAAGGAUACAACAUACUAACUGUCAGUGUCACAAGGAUACAACACACUAACUGUCAAUGUCACAAGGAUACAACACACUAACUGUCAAUGUCACAAGGAUACUUCUGUUUCAAGCCUGGGGGAUACAUAUUUUUUAUAUCUCGCUCUUUUGUUUAUAGGUAAAGAAUGACAUGUAUUUAAAUAUAACUGAUCUCAAUUUAAAUGCAUGUAAUUCCUGGUUUUAGGAAGCCUGGUGUUGUUUUUUUCAAGAUGAGAUUAAGGCUGUUCUUUAUGCUAGAUGUAUUAAAGACAUUUACUCAGGGGAGAAAAAGAUGGAUGCUGCUGUAGUAGAUCAGGCAAUGUCUUUCAACAUUUAUGUGAAAGUGUUCCUAUCAACCCUAUUACAUCACUUUUAUCAGUAAUUCAUUUAGCAGAUGACUGAUGGGCAACUCCUUUAGGUAUUGAAGAGGAAAACUGAUUGUUGUGUCAUCUUGCCCAUUGCACACAACUGAAGUUUGAGUUGCACUUUGUCAAAACAUCUUACAGUUUAUUUACAUAAAGAGAAUGUUGCUAAAAUUGUGUAAAAAGUGUGUUUGUGCAUUUUGCAGAUGCUUAAAAAUGUACAUUAUUUUGGUUUCAAAUGGGACAUGUUCCAAAGUGGUGUUUCAGUAAGUAUGGUUUUCAAUGUCUUGGCUGUAUUACCCAAUGUUCAUUUGUUUUGUGAUUUAAUAAGGAUAAUUAUUUUGAUUGACAGAUUUGUCCCUAUAUCUAUUUCAUAAUUCCACUAAACUCAUACAUUAAAAGCAGCAUAGUGGGAGAACUUUUUUCUUGUAUACCUUUAGAAAAAUAUAUUUGAGCUAUGCUCUGUGAAAAGGGGGUUUAAUGCAUGCGUGUAAAGUGUCAUCCCAGAUUAACCUGUACGCUAAGGCUCAACGACGACAUUUUCUGCUUUUAUGAUAUUUUUCGUUCCAAGAAAGUCUCUCAUUAGCAAAUGUCUAGUUUAUGAGGAAAGUGUCGUCCCUGAUUAGCCUGUACUGACUGCACAGGCUAAUCUGGGACGACACUUAACACACAUGCAUUAAACCCCCUUUUCACAGAGCACGGCCCAAAUAAAUAUGUUUUGUCUUCACAAAAAGUGUAUUUGUAACAUUCAAUCUCCUUUAACACAACUUGAUAACCUUGAAAUCAGUUUCAUAGUAAGAAUGAUGCAAUUGUUGUCAGAUUGUAUGGUUGAAUUCAUGCUACAUAUACAUGUACUACUUUUACAAGAAUAAUGCUAGAAACACUGUUAGAAAGCAUUCAACAUAUUUGGCUGCAAUUUUAACUUGUACUACAUACAUAUAUAAUAUAUGGUGUACUUAAUAUAGUUUGAGAAAUCAACAUGAUAUAUAACAAACACUUUAUAAAUCUUAAAUGUUUUGUCAGCAAUAUGGGCAUAAUACCAGUUAUUUGUUUUAAGCUCUCCUGACCACAAAAUGCUCAAUUUUUAUGCUUUUCUGAUCACCUUUUGUCAGUUGUGCGAUGUGCAUCCUGCAUAAUUAACAUUGCCUUGUUAACGCUCUAGAGGCCUGGUCAGAAUAUUUUUCCCAAUCAUUUCUUGGGCGAGUUUGAAAAUGGUUAAGGUUAGUUUAAAAACACUGCUGCCAUGGGGCGGGUAAUGUUUACGUAUUUGGCUAUAGGAAAGCCUUAUUAAUCACAUAUAUUGUCCAAUUUUCGUGACACUGGGUCAGAACAUUUGUACUAAUGAUAUCUUAAAUGAGUUUUAACAUGGUUCAAGUUUGUUGAAAAACAUGGCCACCAGGGGUUGGGGCAAUUUUCUUUAUAUGACUGUAGCGAAACCUUGUAAACACUAUAAGUCACAAUUAUAGUCUUUAUUGAACUUGGUUAGAAGAAUAUUGUAAUGGUAUCUUGGAUUAGUUAAAAACGGUUCCGGUCUGUUGAAAAGCAUGGCCGCCGAGGGGUGUAGCAUUAUUCCUUGUAUGGCUAUAGUAAAACCUUGAUUUCACUCUAAAGAACAUAUUUAUAAUUCAUUCUUCAUGAAACUUGGUCGGAGCAUUUGUUGUAAUGAUAUCUUGGGCUUCACAGAACAGGUCAGCUCCUUUGUCUGUCAAAGCAGGUGCUAGCAGUUUAAAAAUAGAGAAUAAAAACAUAUGUACCGUAAAUUUGCGGCCAUAAGUCGACCUAAAAACGCUCCCAAAAUUGACUUUAAAAGUCAACUCGACUUAUGGAUGAGGUACAAAAUAAAAAUUAAAAAAAAACACAUAUUUCUGUGCCGUUUUUUUUUAAAGUAAUAAAUCUCUGAAGCGGAGGAAUGAUGACUGUUUACGGUAAGGCCGACUCGUCUUUUACUUAAAUGUCCGCCGAUAACAAAAUACUGCAUGUUUACAUUGGUUUUUAAUUCAUUAAUCUUCGUUAUAAGUCCAAAUUAAAACAUGUAAAAAUAACUUCGAAAAUAUUAAACAUUUGUGACGUACGGUAAAGUGGCGAAAUUUAUACAUGGCAAUUUGUCUAUUGAUACAUCGUCCGUUGUCUGCUAAGAACAAUAGAAAAUCGACUGCUGACACUUGUACCCAUUUAAAGUUAAUCCGUGUAAAUACAAACUGUCAACAGAUGCAGGUGUCUUUAUGCCACCAAUUAUCGCUUCUCGGCCUUUUGACUAAGAUCAGAGUGUAAAGUGUAUUCUUUAUUGCGUCACACCUAAAAUAGUUAUCCGUUAAUGAUAUGCACAACGGUUCUGCUACAAACUACUUCUGACCAAUCAAAAUUAAUUACUCUAUCGUUGGAUACGCCUUUAACCAAUCGCUAUUGUUCAACUUCACAUGGUAUAUUUUUUGAUUGGAUGAAGGUGUGGUUUCGUUGAUUUAUUCACAACUGUCCCACAAUUUAUGCAUAAUUGUUUCGUAAAUCAAUAGAUCUUAUCUGAGUGAUGAUUUCAUUCAUUGUUUGAUUAUAAUAAUAUUACGCACUCACCCUGGAUUAUUAAAAAGUGUAAUUGGACACAUUAAAUACACAAGUACUUUCGAUUAGCUGCUUAGUAUUAUUAGAUAAGACGUUUUUCCAGAAUGCAGAAAAUAUUCCUCGGGUAUCUCGUGAUUUACGAAUAUGUAUAUAACAGUCGAAUAGCGAGCGAUGCGAGUGUUGUUAAAUUCACGUGUUUCAUGCAUAAUGGCGAAAGCGUUUUUGAUUAUUUGAGAGCAAGUUACAAUUAUUUUGACCAUAUAAUGCAUUUCUGCGUUCAAGAUUUUAACGAAUUUUCACAUCAAUAGCACUAACACUUUAAUACAAAAAAAUCUGCUCAUCAUAUAAACGCUGAAAGUUAUUACGUUAAAUGGGAAACUAAUUUUGAUUUGUGAAAUAUAUAUUAAGUUCGAAAUAAUCAAUGAUAUGUUAUUAUGAUUUUUGAACAAUAAAAUAUAUUUUUCGUGAUAAUAAAUAAUUGAAACGUUGAAUGUUUCGUUUUAAAUAUAUCCUUAUUAUUAAUAUCCCAAAAAAUGUCAACUGCCAGUGCAAAAGCCCUCAGAACCAUGACUAAAAGGUCACUUAAACAUGUCUGAGAUAUUGAGGAAAUUUACCCCCCGACUUAUGGCAGAGUCAAGGCAAAAAACCAAGUUUUUCUAGCCACAUUAUACCCCUCGACUUAUGGCCGAGGUAGACUUAUGGCCGCAAAUGUACGGUAUGUUGCUUUUUGAUAUUAUUGGCUGUUGUUACACAUAUAUACAUGUUUUGAUUUUCUUUUCUAUUUGUUAUUAUUGUUUGCAUAAAAAUGUAAUUUGUAGAGUGAGAAUUUCGUACUUUCAUCAUCAUGUGCAAAUCUGAUUCAACUAAGUAUUCAACUUGAUUAUCAUGUCUUUAGUCUAAUGUCUUAUAAGGGCCAUACACAAUGUCAAAGAUAUGCAUGCUAUCAUUUAAAUUUUACAUUAAUUUCAAGUGGUUUGCAUAUAAAAUGUCUGAACAUGGUGAUCCUUAUUUCUUGUUUACCGGUAUUCAUGUCAAUCAUAGAUGUAAUGCAAGUAUGUCUGCUAUCCAUAAAUCAUAAAUAUUUGUUCUUUAUCUAGAUAUUUUUGCUAACUACAUGUAACUUCAGUGAAUUUUUGUGUCAAUCUAUUAUAUGUUUGAAAUGCAAUAUAUAUUACAGUACUUAAAUGAUGUUAGAAGUUUUCUUUGACUUUUCAGAUUGGUUUAGCUGGGAGUUUUACAUUUAUAAUAUAAAAGUAUUGUUUUACUUGGACUUUGUUUUUCAUAUUGUUUUCAUUAGACUUUCUGUUCAUGUAAUUGUGUUCAUACAAUUGAUUAUUUUGUUAAUGCUUGAUUGCAUAGUUAUACCAGUAUGUUACAUUUUCAAACUUUGUCUUGUGCAUUUAACAAUUUUGGCAUAAUAAAAUGUUUUCAGUCAAA